AUGAUUGUCACGAGGCAAUACGAGACAGAACAUAGCCGUUGGCCAUUCAGCAGAUACGAACCAUCUCGCAACCCGACGAGCCCUCGCAUGUCGAACCAUUACAAUGUUAAUGUCGAGCUGCCGGCACCUUCGACUUGGCAAGGAUACAGCUCAAGUACUUCCCGUGACAACAGUGGACUUGUUCAAGCUUACGCUUCACGAAAUGAAGGUUCACAACCUUCUCAGAUGCGCCAGCCAACAGAAGAUAGAGGUAAUGCUCUUGGAAUCCACAUGAGGUCUGGAACAGCACAGGGAUAUACGUCCCAUCUCCAGACGGCUGAUCAGGGUGGAAUCCCCUUGUCGGUACCAAGGCUUUCGAACCUCCAGAACGACAGCUAUGGGACGAAACCCAACACUUCAGGACGGGAGAAUGCCCUUUUCUCACAGUUACGGAACCCUCCCCAAGCAGCCACGACCACCAGCACCUUCGUGCCACCGAACCGUCAAGCAUCUGAAAUCUCAUCCAGUCAGUCUAGUCAAGCUGGUAGACUGACCUCUCCACAAGACGAGGAGGAGGAUGACCUUGACGAAGAAGAUAUGGUUGAUGGCGAAGGAGAUAAUUCUUCUCUAACACCAGCCGAGCGGGCGGCGGCUCGACGCAAAAUGAAGCGCUUCAGACUUACCCACCAGCAAACUCGGUUUCUCAUGAGCGAGUUUGCCAAGCAGCCUCACCCCGAUGCGGCACAUCGUGAGCGGCUCUCCAGGGAAAUCCCAGGGCUCAGCUCACGCCAGGUCCAAGUUUGGUUCCAGAACCGACGUGCCAAGAUCAAGCGACUUAACGUUGACGAUCGCGAUCGUAUGAUAAAGAUGAGAGCAGUCCCCGAAGGAUUCGACAACAUUCAAGCACUCCAUUCUCCGUACGGUGCAGUCCAUGGCAUGAACACACCCGUACCCUCGCCCGGACAGUUCAGCACUCAUUCAUAUGCCCAGCACAUGAUGAGGCCUCUGAUUGUCGAUGGACGAAGAAACGAGACGAAUGAGCAUACUUCGUCAACCAGCAUGGUUGCAGGAUUCGCCGGGAUGGGAUACAGCCCUGCUGGUAGUAUGGCCAGCUCCAGCCUUGCAUCGCCACUUUCCCCAGCACACAGUGAUCGAUACCCCUACGCUGGCCAUUUCUCAACCCCUCUCGCAGGAAGCCCAAGAACAUCACAUCCGUUCGGACAGCAACAUGGACUUGGGACGCCUAUUGAGAUGCAUCGAUCGAGCCCUCAUCCUAUCCCGCCUCUACUGCUUCGCGACUCCCUGUCAAGAGCCAGAUCGGAGUCAUUGCAGUCACCACUACGCCCCAACAUGUCGUGGAAGGGCGAUGUAGUCGACUAUUCGUACCGGGUCGCGAACAGCACUAGCCCGAGUCUAUCUGACAGUCACCCGCCUUUGUAUCAGCCCGUACCUAUGAAUCAUCACUCCGGUGGUGUCAGUGGUAUUCGUGGUUAUGAAACAAACCCUCUCCCCGCGGCUAGGACCCCUUAG